AUGGAACUUCUCACAGACUUUACCUACGACCCUAGACUGGACUGGUCUAACGCACAGACAUUCAACAUCCAACGCGCUCUCCUCUGGUCAAUACCGUCAGGCUAUACUUCACCUCCAAUCACGGUAGCAACUCCCAUACUUGCAUCUAUCGGUUCAGGGUUCAUGGGAUGGGCGUGCACCAGACCCAGUCUUGAUCAGGAGUCCUCCUCUUGUGUUUUUGUGACAUUUCAUUCGUCCACAUCUCUUUUUUUUUUAACAUCCGUCCACAUCUCUUUUGUUGCCUGUCUUUUGGAAUGA